AUGGCCACCGCCUACUACAGCGACACCAACGGCGUGCCGAAGGACGGCGACGGUCGCGUCACGCACCUCGGCCUCAGGGCGGGAGAGCUUGCCCCUCGCGUGGUCAGCGUCGGGUCGCUGUCUCGCGCACAGCGGCUGCGCGAUCUGAUGGACUCCGUCUCGCUUUCGCUCACCUCACCGAGAGGCUUCACCACGUACACGGGCACCGUCGCUGGCGUGGCGGUCAGCGUGGUGGCCACAGGGAUGGGCGCACCAAUGAUGGACUUCUGUGUGCGCGAGGCGCGGCAGAUUGUUGACGGGCCGAUGGUGUUCGUGCGCCUCGGCAGCUGUGGCGGGCUCAGCCCCGAAGCCACGCCCGGGACCGUCGUGCUCAACACGCCCGGCUCCGUCUACGUCUCGCGCAACCCGGACGCUUUUGCGGGGGGAGAGGGCGGCAGCACGCCCGCCUACACGAUUGCCCGGCCGGUGGCGCCUGACCCGCGCCUCUGUGCGCACGUGUGCGUGGCGCUGCGCGCCGCGCUCGGCGACCGCGUGGUGGAGGGCCUCAACGCGAGCGCAGACAGUUUCUACGCCGCGCAAGGGAGAUGCGACGAGCACUUUGACGACCGAAAUAGCACGGUGGUGCCCGAGGUGCUGGCGAAGCACCCGGACGCGUGCUCCAUGGAGAUGGAGAGCUUCGCGCUGCUGCACCUCGCCGCUUGCAGCCUCGGGACGAUCCGAGCGUGCACAGCGGCCAUUGUCGCUGCCAAUCGACACUCCGCCGCGGUGAUCACGACUGAGCUGCUUCAUGAGACCGAGCGUGUAGGCGGCCGCGCCGUGCUCAAUGCCGUGGCCAGCUUCGGGUUGUACUUGUAG